CAUGGUCAGAAUGGACAGCAGACAAUUGUGGGAGUCUGUACCCCAGUAUUUAUGGGGCAUUUUCUUAUUAAUGCUUCAAACUGCACAUCCAUCACUGGUCACACAACAAGACAUUGACCUUGUGUCAGUUGGUGGGAAGCCCCCUCACUGUUUUUCCAGAAGGUUUGAAGACCUCACAUGUUUUUGGGAGGAGAAGAUGGACAAUAAGGGAAGUGGAGAAAGACCAGGACUGCCAUUUGCCUUCUAUUACAAAUACACAGAUGACGCAGAGAGUGAAUGUAAUCUCGCCAUACAGCCUGGUAACCGCACUCUUUACAUCUGCCAAUUCCCUGAGGACGAUGUACGUCUAUUUAACGACCUCAAGGUAUCGGUGAGAAUCAGAGAUACAAACCAGACACUCUACCACCGAACGCUAGAGGUGGAAAAAGUGGGGCUAAUAGACCAUCCUAAAAAUAUCAAGGCAUUCUGGGCAGGAAAUGGCAACGUUAUUCAAGUUACUUGGAAUCCUCCAAAUCAUGAAUUCAGAGAUUUCUUCAGGUAUCAAGUCCAAUAUUGGCCAGAGAACUCUACACACACAUACGACCAGAUCAUAAAUUCAGAAGAUCUACCGUGCCGCCUUAAAAAUCUCCAGUAUGAUCUCUUUUACCAUCUCCAUGUCCGUACUCAGGUCAAUGAAGGGGAUGAUAGCUUCUGGGGUCCAUGGUCAGAAACUAUCACCUUCUUCUCCUUGGCUUCUCCAGAUAAAAUCGAGCUGCGAUGUGUCACUCCGGACCUGUUUUUGGUUUGCUGUAAAUGGAAUAAAGUGACAGAGUAUCCACAUGCUUUGCAACAGCUAUUCUAUCACUAUGGGGGACACAACUGGCAACUCUGUGAGCGUAAUAUUAAUAUGACAGACUGUAACUGUGUGUUUAUGGCGAAAAAUGACUCCCAGCUAUCUAUAAUCGUCAAUAUAUCAUCUGCUGACCACCUAUUGCAAGUCUUCUUCAAGGAGCCCUUCUGGAUAAACCACGUCGUGUCUCCACCACCCCCAGAUCUCCACCUUCAGCAGGUGCCAGGUGGUAAGCUUGCCUUGAACUGGACACUCCCCGUGUCAGGAUUAGAACAGGAUAUGAUUUAUGAGAUCCGCUUCUCAAAGGAUGCAGGCACAACAUGGAAGACCCUGCAGAUUCCACGUGGAGUGUCCCAUGAAGUUCUUGACUUAAUGCCCGGCUCCCGAUAUUCCCUGCAGAUCCGAUCAUGUCCCAGUGGAGACAGGAUACAGGGUUUCUGGAGCUCAUGGUCCGAAGCAGCAAGCAUUACUCUUCCUUCCAGCAAAGGCUGGUUAAUCACCACCAUUGUCCUGGUCUUGCUUUCAGUCCCCGGGGCUGUGCUGUGUAUUUACUGUGUCUUACGCCCAUUCUACAGGAAACUGAAGGACAUCCUUUGGCCACCUCUACCCAAUCUGCACCAUGUGCUGGACACGUUCCUCACUGAAAUCCAGAAACAGUACAAGACAAACCCAACUUUCUACGAGAAGCCAACAGAGGACGUUUUUCAGCCAUCUUGUCUUGAGAUUUUGGGGGAAGAAGCCAUUUCACCUGAAAUUCUGCAUAUAUCUCGUGAUUACGUGCAGCUGUCCCCCCCAAUCUAUCAGAAUGAGGAUUACUGGCCUAAACUCAGCCCAAACAUUAGCAAAACUUCUUGUCACCAACCCACCAAUGCCAUCUCCAAUCAGACAUACCUCACUACAGGAUGGAAUCUGUAGCUACAUGGCUUUAA